AUGCAGGAAAGUUUUCGCAUAUACCCAAGGCCGGAAUUACAAGUAUCAGAUGAGGAGGUCAAGAAAGUCUCAGAGAUACUGUCAAACUCCAUGUUUUUAACCAUGGCAAGUGCCUGUAAGACAAAAGCCAAGAAAAAUGAAAUACUGAUGCAAGAAUUCCUGUACUUUCUACGACAAAAACAAUUAUUAAGAAGAUACUUUGGAGGGAGUGCUGCAGAAGGAACAGAGUUGAGUACCAGUGACACUGACAAAAUGAUCGUAGGUCCUUAUAUUCACGUUUGCUUCAACCCGAAGGAUGGAGAAAACGUAACAGGACACACGUUUCUAGUGGACACGAGGGAUUCCUCCCAAGGUUAUGGGAAACUUGUCCUUCUUACAUCAGAUUCCAGUAUUCUUACAAUAUUUGAUAAAAAUGGAUGUCCAAUGAAAGACAUGAUUGAGGAAAACGAAGAAGGAGAGAAGCUGCUUCCAAGUGAAAAAGUCGUAGAAUUUUGGAGAAAAUUUCUGGAAAAGAGACAAACCGCAACUGGACCCCCCAAAACACAUCAGCAUGGACCGUGCGCAACUGCUGUCACAAAAGAUCCAAGUGGGUACAUAAAAAAAGAGGUCGGAGGAGUUCUCGAACAGGAUUUUGCACAUGGUCUCCCAUUUUGCCGCAUGCCGUUCGAGGGUGAGGAAUGGUUGAGAGAGAGAGAAAAUUUCAUUUGGCCGUCAAUGAAUACCUUAGAACGAAUUAAAAUGCUGGAUUGCCAUGUUGUUGCUGUUGGCGAUAAAACGUCCCAGCAUUCCUCGAUAGAAUGGAGGAUCUCCUAUCUACUAUGGGAGAGAGAGCUUGUUUGGAGUUUCAACGACGUACAACUACACUGUUUUGUUUUGCUGAAGUCGCUGUUGAAAAAAUUUAUUCAUCCGAUUGUCCCCGAGGAACUAAGCUCAUAUCAUAUGAAAACUGUGGUCUUUUGGGAAUUUGAAAACACUACAGAAAGCUUUUGGAGAAGAGAAAAUCUCAUAACAUUACUAAGAAAUUGUUUACUGCGUCUACAAAAAAGUAUCAAGUAUCUCGAUCUGAAGCAUUUCAUUGAUAGAAGUAGAAAUCUGUUUCUCGGCAGAAUGGUGGACCCGGGAAUCAAAGAUGAAUUAAUAGAAAUCAUAGAGGACAUCAUCAAAAAUAUUCUUGUUAAAUCUAUGCAAUGCAUCGAUGAUAUUGAUUUGGCAACAACGUGGCAGAACAGUCAUGGCAAUGUAGAAGAAUUCUUGCAAAAAUGCAGAAAUGAUCAUAAACGCAACAUUACUACAGAUGUUGAGGAAUCCAGACAUUCAGUAGAAUUAUACUACAAUGGACAGGCGUCUUGGCUUAUUAACGUGGACAACGUUCUUGCAAAUCCAGGUAUGCUUAAUAAGUAUCAGAAGGCGUUUGAGGACAAAACCAGAACUAAAGAUUUCGACGAAGAUUUCUUGCAGUCUGUAGCAAUGUAUGUUAACAUGCGAUCUGCUCUUAUCCAAGUAAAAGAGAUGUUGCAAUUAAAGAACGACGCGGUGACCGAUGAACAUUUUAAGAAACUCGUUAUCACCAUGAAUGAAAACUCGGACAUCGACGCAAUCUCGGGGAAAUUGUAUGUUGUUACAGCUCUUCUAGUUUUUGACAAACGCGAUGAAGCAUCUAGCAGAAUCAAGGGUAUUUUCUCGUCAAGCGAGAGUUGCAGAAAAUAUGUUUACACGGGUUUAUGUUCGACUUGCAAAACAAUUGAAGUAGCAAGACAAACAAUGGUGCAAGUAAAGGGAUUUCCUAAAACAGAAAAUUUGUUAGUCGCACAUGAUAUGAUCUUUGCUAAAGAAGAUAUAUCUCUUUUGCCUGCAGCAUUGAAAUUCGAGUGUUUGGUUGACAGGGCUUUCUUGGUUCACCCGGCAGUGUAUGCCCUCUAUCUUAGGGUUCUUUGUAGCAAACUUGAUGAAAAAAUGAAAAAUAUAGAUCAUCUGAAAAGAGCAGUGAUCGAGUGUGAAGGUACAAACCACAACUACAGACAUUUCAACAUACUGGGUUAUUGCUAUUAUGAAGUGAGAUACUUUGAUUUGGCUUACGAAUGUUAUUCAGCAUCUAUCUCUCAAACGGCACAAGACGGCAGACCCAAUGCGGCAAUUCUCAUGUUGCUGACUCUGUUAUUUACUGUCAGAGAAAAUAUAAUGUGAAUUAAGAUGUAUUGUUGACAAAUUGGUGAAUUUUAUGUGUUUAUGUUAGUUAUUUGAAUUGAACUGUUGGUCGUUAAUGACUAUAUAAAAAGCACCAGUUGAGGGAUGUAAACUACUUUGUAAUUUAUAAAAAAAGAAGAAGCUGAGAAUGAAAUUAAGGGCGGAAAGGAAGCGGAAGUCGUGGAUCGUUGUUAUUUUCAAAUUUGCAAACAGAUUUGAGACUAUAUAAUCUUUCUUCUAAAA